GCCCUGGAUACUCCGGCCUCACUGCAGCCUCUGUCUAUGAAGCUAUUCAUGGAUGUCAUCGGUUUUGAAUUAUUCCUCAAGCCGCUCGGGAGUGUCCUCUCUGAGAGCGGCGCAAUUGCUCAGUUGGUCCAAGGAGAAUCAUCGACAUAAAUCUUCCACCGCUAUAUACCAGACAACAGCCGCAAGAUUCCGCAAUGCGCCUUUACAUGCUCGAUCCGGACGCCGCGGCCUGACUUCUGCCCACAGCACGACUUCUCCGGUACCCGAAUCCCGGAUUGAGAAACGAGGCGGGGGUGAAAAUGCUCGACGAAAGUUGUUAAAUGAUUGGUGGGAUAAACUGCGGCACCAGUCCCAGUUGAAUCAGUUUUAUUCACCCUCGGAUUCAGACAGAAAAAGGGGCAGUGAACGAGGACAAUGUACAGAAAGCAAACAGGGUGAAUUGCAGCGAAGGCGUCGAGCAUCGAUUCAACGAAGAAGGAGGCACAAACAGUCUAUCGAUCCGACUCCGUCAGAUUACUUGACGGCUGUUUUGCAAAAUCCGCAUCUUCUCUCCCAGCAACCGAAUUAUGUACUCAAGAAACCGGAUCGACUCUCCUUCCAAACGAUUCUAGCUGAGUAUCUGAGACUAGUCGAGCCGGUCGUGGUCCGAACGAAAGAUAUCCAUACAGCACACGAGUUGGACAGCGCGCUAAAGGAGGUUUUCUGUGAAAGACAUCUUGAGUAUUUGGCGGCCCGCCAAUAUGGUAUUGCAGAUGUAAUGACCUGGGCAUGGAUACUGAAGAGCAAUACAGUCUAUGAUGCUAUCCUUCGGAUUUUUGCCUUGGAAGGGGAACAAGGAAAUCAGCGCCAUGGUGCUCUCCGAAAAGUCCCCACGUUCAUCCCGCUGAUGCUACUGCGAAAGUCAAGGUUUGAUACAAGAACUUUUCGCUUGGUACUCAUCUAUUUUUUGCAUCUCAUGAGUGGCGAACAAAUCCCAACGCUCCGUUCUGCUCUGAGGUCGAUAGAGAAGAAGACAGGGAAUAUGAUGGAUCUUCAAUCGGGAAAACGCGACUCCCUAAUUGAUGCCAGCACGUGCAUGUUAUCGGUCAUUCGCUUACUCCGCCAUGCUCGACAAGUUUGGCCACAAACACAAUUGACCAUUGCUCGUGCACUUGCCGAUUUUCUGUUACAUUCAAAUUCCCAGGAAAAUUGCUCAGAAGUUUCCGCGGGGCGUAUGAAUCAGUAUCGGGCUGAGAAAUUCAAUCUAUGUCUUUGGUUACUUUCAUUGCCUUCCAAUACAGGUCCUUUUGUGUCCGCUUCGAUACAGCAGCAAGCCCAGUUUGAACUACUCAAGGCCAUGGCGAGCCAUAAACCAGUCCUCCCAGUAACACGACGAGGCUAUCAAGGUGUAAUCGCAGUUCAACUGGCACAUAAAAAAACAUUAGCCGAGCGACAGGCGGCUGAGCUCAAAGCCCCGUCCUGGCCGCCAUGGAAGGAAGAGAAACUCGGAAUAGACUCCCACCGGGGGAUUGAAGGAAUGACGAGUCGGGCAAUGCAAGUAAUGACUCAGAUGAAAGAGGCUGGCUAUUCCCAUACACGUUGGGAAAAAGUUUCAUCCAUUUUUGCUGGCUGGGACACGGAUCGAAGCCCAACAAUUCAAACCCGGACGCUAAUGCGUCGACCACAGUCGUUACCUGAACCUCGUGGGAGCACACAAGACGACCAGGCCAUCUGGGUUGCUCGCAUCCGUGCUACGCGUACAGUGCGAGAGGCUUGGGCGUGCUUUCUCUCAUAUCAAGGCCAGGGUCUUUCUCCUCGUUUAAGCAUCUAUACGGCGAUGGCGGAGAAGCUUAUAUUCCGUCGAAAAGCGGUUGAAGCCCAUUUUGACGAGACCAGUGGCGCCUUGCCGGGUGAUGGACCAGAGAUAUUUCCAGAACCAGCAUCUGCUCGAGAUUUGAUAUAUGUGCAUACGGAACCGCCAACCCUGGACGAACUACUGAGGCGGAUGCUCUCUGAUGGAAUUAAGCCAUCCGGGAAGCUCUUGGAAUUACUUCUUUGGGAUGCACCCAGCUUCAGAUCUGGCCUGGAUUACCUCCGUUCCAGCAAUCUAUCUAAUGAUCAAAUCCAGGCAUUGUGCACUGUGCGAGGCUAUGGGGACCACAGCGCCCAACAGCAGAAUACCUUGACUGAAUUGCCUAACAGCCUAUUCUCAUCCUUUGUCGGAUUCCUCUGUAAAUUUUCGAAUUUCAAUCCAGUCUACCUGGCUCGGGUCGAUAUUCGUACGGAAGAUCUCUUCCCAGUUGUGAUGGGCCACAAUCGAGCGAGGAGACAUGCGGGGACUUCAACGUUGUUUGAAAGUUCAGAGACCGGUGAGGAUCUUCAGCCACCCAUGACGCUAUCACACGCGGUCCAGCUCGUCAAACUGCGAAAUUUACAACACCCCUUGCCGUGGAUUCGACUUCUCUCGGCACUUGGCACAGACCGCAUCACCGUACCUUAUCGCAAGAUGAGCCGGACAACUCAGCGCGUCCUUGCCUGGCAUGAAGUCCUGGAAGUUGCGAAAUUGAUGCAAGAACGGAAAAUAGAGAUGGGACUUCAAGGCUUCCAGAUCCUUUGUAACACCUACGCAGGAGCGGUAUCUUCAGGGGGGCGGCAUCCAAUGGCGGCUGAAGACGGCUUAGAGCUCAUAAUCCAUGCCAAACGAAACGGAAGUCUGCCUCACCUUGGUUGGGUUUGUGAUACAUUUGAGGACAUGACGGAUGCUGGCCCUCCCAUUUUGAAACUCUAUUUCAACCAACUUGUUCUGUCAGACCCAGGUACUUCUCCUUUCCAUGAGGACUUCAUGCUCUCUGAAGAGACUACUACGGAUCCUCAAGAGACUGUUCCUUCCAUGCUCCACGUCCCUUCACCCGCCGUUCUUCACGCUUUUGUCAGGGCUCUUGGGACAGCUGGGGAUAACACAGGCCUUCUCAAUCUUCUUCAGUGGAUGAGCAACCACGCACCUACUCUGAAGGAAGCUGCUGAUGAGAAUCUGAACGGUGAACGGAUGAUGCGGCGUACCCUGGUUGCCGCUCGGGUAUUCAUCGAAGGUCCUCCUUGGGGUCAGCCAUCUCUACGUGAUUCGAAUGAUGCCGACAAGCUGGGUUUUUCGGAUGUUUUGGUGGAAGAGGCGUAUGAUAUAAUUACAGAGACACCUCUGUGGGAUGGGUGGCCGAGUGACGAGGAGGUUCAAGACUAUGUAAAUAGAGAGACACGAUUAUAGAUUUCUUGUGUACGAUAUUGUAUAAAAUUAUGUCUUAUGUCCAAAUAGUUAUGUUUUUCUACUUCGG